CGGACAUUCAGAAGAUGUAUUCCUCAAAGGGGCUUAAGGGCAGCAGUACCUCACCAUCGGUCUUCAAGUGAAGCUGUGUAGCCACGCCAACUAUACAAAUACGUAUACGUGUCCGAAAAGCCAUGAAAGAAAAACAGAGUCCAGCAUGUGCGGUAGAUUCCUCGCCAAGUCCACCCAUCAAAACAUCUCUCGACAAGCAAUCUGCCUCGCAGCAGUUUGGUCGGCCAGUAUUCACUCAAAAGUUCAGGGAGGGCACCGGCGGCAAGGUGUGGUGGACCAUUUUUACCCUUUUGAUGGUAGCUACCGUGUCUGUUCGGUUUUACAAAUUACGUUAUCCAGAACAAGUCUGUUGGGAUGAAACACACUUUGGAAGACAUGCCAACCAAUACCUACAACGGACUUUCUUCUUUGACGUUCACCCACCACUUGGCAAAAUGCUUGUUGCAUUGUUUGGUUACUUGGACGGAUACGAUGGUUCCUUCUGGUUUGAAGUCGGGAAAAAAUAUGGAGAUGCCUCUUACAUGGGGAUGCGAAUAGGAUGUGCUAUUAUGGGAGCUUUGGUAGUUCCACUCUGCUUCUUGACCAUCUGGGAAAUGACAGCAUCUUUACCAGCGUCUACCUUCACUGCCCUUUGUCUAAUUUUUGAUAACUCGUUGGUAGUACUGAACCGCUUUAUACUUCUUGACCCACUGAUGCUGUUCUUCAUUUCGGCUACCGUUUUUUCUAUGGCCCAUUUUAACAAACAAAAAAGAUCUUUCAGCUUCUUAUGGUGGUUUUGGUUGUCGUCAACUGGCAUAUUCAUGGCCGGAUCUUUCAGCGUUAAAUUUGUCGGAUUGUUUCUCGUUUUCUUGGUUGGACUGCGAGCCAUAUAUGAUUUGUGGAUUAUUCUUGGAGAUAUGUCGCGACCGGUGACAUAUACAGUCAAACAUUUCCUUGCAAGAGCUCUGUGUCUGAUAGCGCUUCCCGUCGCUCUGUAUGUCGCCAUUUUCUACGUUCAUUUGAGGAUUCUCCAUCUCGGAGGGGAAGAAGACGAAUUUUACAGCUCUGCUUUCCAAGUGAGUCUCAAAGGCAACAUGUUCCACAAUUCUACUGGACCCCGAGAGGUUGCAUAUGGAGCAGUUAUCAGAGUGAAAAAUAAUGUUCUUGAGGGCCAAUAUCUUCAUUCACAUCGAGAGCUCUAUCCUGUCGGUGCAAGACAGCAGCAGAUUACCACCGUAUACAUCAGGGAUCCGAAUAACCGGUGGUUCAUCAAAAGACACAAUCAAUCUUCUCCUCUGUGGAAUGCUACAGAUCCCAUUGAUUUAGUCCGUAACGGCGAUUUGAUCCGAAUAGAACAUCGAACAACAGGACGCAAUCUUCACGUUCAUAGAGGACCGGCGCCCAUCUCUAAUAAAAUGUAUCAAGUCACUGGUUAUGGCGUGAGAGGAGAAGGUAACGAUGAUGAUUUCUGGCGUCUCGAAAUCGAAGGGGCGGCAGAAGGCGAAGUGCUAGAAAUUGUGCGACACAGUUUUCGGUUGGUGAGUCCAAAUAAUAAAUGCGUCCUUACUUCUACGACGAAAAAUUUACCAGAAUGGGGAUUCGGAUCUGCUGAAGUGGCCUGCAAUCCCAAAAUACAUGAUGAUCGCGCCUAUUGGCACAUCGACGAUAACCGUUAUCCACGCCUUCCCAACGUCAGCUACACCAUAUAUGAGCUCAGUUUCCUGGAGCGAUUUAUCGAAUCCCAUAAGAACAUGUUUAUGGGUAAUGCUGGCUUUAGACCAAAAAUAAGUGAUUUCCAAUCUAGGCCGUGGAUGUGGCCUAUCAAUUUCAGGGGCCAAUUCUUCUCAGUGGAGGGAGUAGUCAUCUACCUACUGGGCAAUCCAAUCAUCUGGUGGGGACACUGUCUCUGUUUUCUCUUUUACUUUCUCCUUUGGAUCGUGAAUGCCGUCAUCGAGAAACGAUCAGUCAACAUCUCAGAUAAGCAACUCGAUUUGCAGAGGAGAACACUAAAUACGUGCAAAUGGCUAUUUAUCGGUUUCUUGUGCCACUAUGCACCAUUCUGGCCUAUGGCGCGUAUAUUGUACUUUCACCACUAUUUUCCUGCUCUGCUCUUCUCAAAUAUGAUAUCAGGAAUGAUGCUAAAUUACAUUUUGGAAACCUUUUCGGAAAAAAUUUCACCCAAGUUCUACACGUACUUCGUUUCGGGACUACUUUUGGUAUUUUUUUACAGCUUCUACCUUUUUACCCCUAUCACUUACGGAUAUCCGAAUCGUCCGUCACAGUACAACGAUUCCCAAAUGUACGGCAUGAAGUGGAUAUCGAGUUGGGAAUUUUAGUAGAUUUAAAUCUUUAGUGACAAUCGUUCCGGAAAAGAAAGUUUGGGAAAAACAAACUAAAAAGAUUGGAAAAAAAUUCUUUUUAUCACUGAUCCACAGAAUACGUGUGUUCCAUUCCAUAAUGUGUCUGUCCUUUGCUCAUCUUGUGCAACAGAAUUCAUUGGACAUGA